CCCCCCUUUCACCUCCUCCCGCUCUCGUAUCCUCUCCUUCCAAAUCCGGCCCAAAUCUGGUGCUUCCCGUUCGAGCUGGUGCGUGUUGGCGCGCGCGGUUCGUCGGAUCUGCAGGGGCGCGAGGGCUCCGCUGAGCGGGUUCCGGCGAAAUGGGUCUAGAUCUGGCGCGAAUUUUCGCGGAGCCUUUUUUUUUUUCUCUGGCCUUUUGAGUGCUCCAAUUACUUCGUCGUUUCCUUCGGGGGAAUCUGGGGGACACGGGAGAUUCGGUAGCCUUUUCGUUGCGCAAGGGGGAUUUCCUCAGGGUUUCGCGUGGCUUAGAUUGGCGACCCGGGCUGUGUUGCCGCCUGUGCGGAUUUACAGUGCCAGUCUGACUUCGUUGUUGAGGUGAAGUGUUACCUUACUCUGUACUAUACGGCUGUUGUCUUAGCUCAGAUAUCGGGGUAGAGAGCAAGUACUACUACACUUUAUGGCGCUGGAAGCUUAAAUUCUGUCGAGAUAUCCAUAAGUUUUGAGUAGAGCAGCUGGAGUUAAUGAUACCGUGUAUACAGUAUCUUUGUGAAUUUUGUACCUGGCCUAGGGUGGUCAUGCUUGAAUGGUUGAGACGAGUCCACUGCUCGAUAGCCCAGGUAGGUUCGAUGCUAGGAAGUUAGUACUAGUACCACCACCGCUGGUUUGUGCAAAGGAUGAGAUGAGCAUGGUUCUUUUUUUUUUAAGGCUACAGUACAUGAGGUGGAGGCAUUAUGUUCUUCAGCUGCUUGUGUGCAAAAUCCCUGUCGUUCUACUGAGGUGCUAUCCUUUGGGCUUGUAUUUGCUUUCUGUUACAACAUGGGGCUCUUGCGCAUAUUCAAUCAUGUGCAUUAAGCCUUUUGCUUUGCCUGGUUCCUUGACGUUGUGUGUCUGCUUUUCCAUUGCAUUUCUAAUGCUAUAUUGAUACAUGUGUAAAAUAUUGCUGCAGUGUUCCAUAUGUGCAACGUAUUCUGAUUCUUAUAUAUACCAUCCUAUGUUUUAGUGUAUUCUGAUUCUUAUAUAUACCAUCCUAUGUUUUAGUGAUUGGAAAAAACCGCCGUCUUUAUAUUGUCUAUAUUACUAUAUAUAAUACCAUUAUCGUAUAGAUACUUGAAACAAAAUCAUCCAGGUGGUCUCUGAAUCCUGUCUUGUAAAUUUAUUGUUGGUUACUGGCUUACUGCUGCUGUAAACAAUGAGAACCUAUCAUUAUGAAUAUGCAAAUUAUCUGAUAUUCUGAUGUCUUGUGUAAUUUGUCAUGAAAACUAUGAGAAUUUACAUGACAGAUUAGUUUCAUUUAAUUUUAAAAUCCUUGAAACUAUCAAAUGAUUUUAUUUGUUCUGUUCAUUUUGAAUUGACAGGCAUUCUUGGGUUCCAUCGACAACAAAGAAGAUCUAAGACACCUGCUCGCAGCUCGGCCUAGCUAGUCUGGACUCCGGAUCUCAACCACCACCUACCAUAUCCUAUUUUACGGGUUCAGCUGCUAGCUUAUCAGCAUGGCUGAGGAAACCACCAAUGACACUCAGGUGGCCCAAGAAAAUGAGGUUGCUCCCAAUGAUGAGGCGGUCCAAGCAGAUGAAUUGGUCCAAACUGAAGAUAUGGCUCAAGCUGAUGAGUUGAUACAAGGCGAAGAAAUCAAUCAAGGUGAUGAGUUGAUUCAUGGUGACGAUUUCAUGCAAGGAAAUGAGUUGGUCGUUGCUGAGGAAACGACCCCUCGGACUGGAACCAGACGGAGGAGAAAGAAGUCCUUGGUAUGGGAGCACUUCACUAUUGAGGAAGUCGCUGGAGGGGCCACACGGGCAUGCUGCAAUCUCUGUAAGCAAACCUUUGCUUACAGCUCUGGCUCAAAGAUUGCUGGGACUAGCCAUCUCAAGAGGCACAUCACCUUGGGUUCUUGUCCUAAGAUAAAGAAUCAAGAGCAGAGGCUGGCACUGCCUUCAGCAGGAGGUACUGACAAUGAUGGUGAGGGAACUGUGGAGCGGCGAACUAAGAGACGAUACAGAUAUACUGGUUAUGCAAAUGCUGCUUUUGAUCAAGACCGCAGUUGCUCAUACCUGGCAAAGAUGAUCAUUCAGCAUGACUACCCACUUCACAUUGUUCAACAGCCAGCCUUCAGCACUUUUAUUGAGAGUUUGCAACCACGCUUCAAGAUUGUGGAUGUUGAUACGAUGGAGGGAGAGGUGUAUUCUGUUUAUCAGAAAGAAAAAGAGAACCUGCUUCAAGCAUUCAGCACUAUGCCUGGAAGGAUCAGCCUCACCAUAGGAUUGUGGACAACGAGUCAGACUCUUGGCUAUGUUUCACUUGCAGGGCAGUUUAUCGACUCAGAGUGGAAAGUACACCGAAGAAUGCUUAGCUUCAUGAUGGUUUCAUCUCCUCAUUCAGAGAAUGCACUUAGUGAAGCAAUUAGUAUGACCCUUUCUGACUGGAAUAUGAAGGACAAACUAUUCACCAUCACAUUGGAUAAUGAAUGUUCCUCGCAUGACAUUUACAGUGCAAAUCUGAGGGAUUAUCUAUCCAACAAGAACAAUCUCAUGCUUAAGGGACAGCUGUUUGUUGUGAGGUGCUACUCCCAUAUCCUUAAUGCUAUUGCCCAAGAUGUCAUUGCUUCAAUUCACGGUGUCAUCUAUAAUAUCCGUGAAAGCAUAAAGUUCAUAAAAGCUUCUUCUGCCCGUGAAGAGAAGUUUGCUGAGAUUGCUCUGCAGCUGGAGAUUCCCAGUACAAAGACCCUCUGUCUAGAUGUCACAACCCAGUGGAACACCACUUAUCUGAUGUUACUGGCCGCAUUGGAUUAUAAGCAGGCUUUCACUACACUUGAGACCUGUGUUGAUAACUACAAUGAAGCUCCUUCAGGAGAGGAUUGGAAGAAAGUUGAGGCUGCCUGUACUUACCUGAAACUGCUAUAUGACUCUGCGCAUAGCAUCAUGGCAUCAACAAACCCAACUUCAAACCUUUUCUUCCAUGAAGCCUGGAAACUUCAGCUAGAACUAUCAAAUGGCACAGGACAUGAAGAUCCCAUUUUCAGUAGCAUCGCCAAAGAUAUGCAUGAGAAGUUUGACAAGUACUGGAAAGAUUGCAGCCUGGUGCUAGCCAUUGCUGUCGUCAUGGAUCCACGUUUCAAGAUGAAGCUUAUUGAGUUCAGUUACUCCAAGAUUUAUGGGGCUGAGGCUGCAAAGUAUGUUAAGGUGGUCGAUGAUGCUGUGCAUGAACUGUAUAAGGAAUAUGUUGCUCAGCCACUCCCACUGACCCCAGCCUAUGCUGAGCAAGGUGAAGCGAAUAAUGGGCCAGCCAAUGCAAAUAACAGUCAAGGAGCUCCUGCUUCCACUGGUGAUGGGCUUCUAGACUUCGAUAUGUACCUUUCUGAGAUCCAGAGUAGCCAACCCUCAAAAUCUGAACUGGAACAGUACCUGGAUGAAUCACUCACUCCCCGAAUGCAGGAGUUCGAUAUUCUGAACUGGUGGAAGCUUAACACAGUCAAGUUUCCAACCCUCUCUAAAAUGGCCCGUGAUAUCUUGGCUAUUCCAAUGUCCAUGGUAAGCAGUGGCAAUUCCAUAUUCACUGCUGGAACAGGAAGUCACAUGCUCGAUGACUAUAGAAGCUCUCUUCGUCCUGAGAUUGUGGAGGCACUUUUCUGUGCGAAAGACUGGCUCCAGUACUCAGCAGCUGCCAAGGAUGCACCAAGUUCUGCACUUGUCAAGGCUGAAGGGUCGGAGGUUCGAUGUGGUCACUUCUUCCUUGUUGAACCAUGAAUAUGUCUCUAUCGUGAGUGUAGUAAUUGUAGGCGUAUUGUAGGCUGAGAUUGUGAACUGGUUAUUAUUUAUAUAUUUGUCUUGUAGAGGUGUAACUUAUUUGUGUCGAACUCUGUUUAACUCGCUAUUGUCAUGUAAUAGCUUUUGUUAUAUCAUGUUCUGGUGUUGACUUUGCAUGUGAUGUGCAUGUACAAGCUGCAGGAUGCAUCAGCUGGUUGCCUGUACUUUGUACCCUUGUUUUGUAUUCAAUUUGUUAUGCACCAUGAUGUUCA